AUGAAAGACGCACUUACGUUGGGGGUGGGCGAGAGCAGUGAAGAAAUUGUUAAACAUUCUGCAGUAAGUGGGGGUUUACCGUCGGAGCAGAAGACCUUUAUUGAGUUCGGGUGUCCGGCUGAUGUGUUUAGCCAAACAAAAGAAAAUGAAAACCAUCAAAAUGUGUUUAGCACACGAUAUGGCCGGUGGACAAUGGCGGUCGACAUCAUCAUGGAAACAAGAGGGCUUUUAACUCUCAGCUUGCCGAUUAGUUACACCGUCCGGAUACAGCCGGACCUGGAGCACCCCUGGGAUUCGCUGUUUGCACCAAUCUCGUGUGCAUCAUUAUGGCCUCACCUUUGA